UGCUGCGCCUCACUGACCCAGGCGCUGGAGCUGCGAGGCAUCACCAAAGAGACUUUCUAAUAUUGAUGCUGCCCAUCUCGCAACUUUCAGAGCCUGCAACUUCUCCAGGCUCCUGGCGACUCGCGUUUCAAACAGGACCGUCCGCUCGAGCGCCAGAAACAAGCCUCACGUUUAUUAUUCCGAAGCGGUUUGUUUGUUUGUUUGUUUUAAGAGAGAAACUUUUGAGCUAGAAACUGAAGCAGAGAAAGGAAAAGGGGAGAGGGAAGGAAAACACGUGGGAGAGAAAUGAGGGCGAGUGAAUAAUUUCCAAUGAUUAUUUGUAUUUCUCCUUGAUGCUCAAUCCUUGAGACGCGCGAUUUGAUCUAUUACCUCAGUACUGGAAACUGUUCCGCGGGAGCUACAAAAUACAAGACCACCCAGCAAGCCGAGGACCCUUUAUGAGCAAAGGACAAACAAGAUGCAUUGUGAGAGAUUUAUAUGUAUCCUGAGAAUACUUGGAACCACACUCUUUGGGGUCUCCCUCCUGCUCGGAAUCACAGCUGCUUACAUUGUUGGCUACCAGUUUAUCCAAACAGACAAUUACUAUUUCUCUUUUGGACUCUAUGGUGCUAUUUUGGCAUCACAUCUCAUCAUCCAAAGCCUAUUUGCCUUUUUAGAACACAGGAAAAUGAAAAGAUCACUUGAGACUCCAAUAAAAUUGAACAAAACAGUUGCCCUUUGUAUUGCUGCCUAUCAAGAGGAUCCUGACUACUUAAGAAAAUGUUUACUUUCAGUGAAAAGAUUGACCUACCCUGGAAUUAAAGUUAUCAUGGUCAUUGAUGGGAACUCAGAAGAUGACAUUUACAUGAUGGACAUUUUUAGUGAAAUCAUGGGCAGGGACAAAUCUGUCACCUAUAUUUGGAGGAAUAACUUUCACGAGAAGGGUCCAGGUGAGACAGAGGAGUCACAUAAAGAGAGUAUGCAACACGUAACUCAACUAGUCCUAUCCAACAAAAGUAUUUGCAUCAUGCAGAAAUGGGGUGGAAAAAGAGAAGUAAUGUACACAGCAUUCAAAGCGCUGGGGAGAAGUGUGGAUUAUGUACAGGUUUGUGAUUCAGAUACAAUGCUUGAUCCAGCCUCAUCGGUGGAGAUGGUAAAGGUUUUAGAGGAAGAUCCAAUGGUUGGCGGAGUUGGGGGUGAUGUGCAGAUUUUGAACAAGUACGAUUCCUGGAUCUCCUUUCUCAGCAGCGUGAGAUACUGGAUGGCAUUUAACAUAGAACGAGCCUGUCAGUCCUAUUUUGGCUGUGUACAGUGCAUCAGCGGACCCUUGGGAAUGUACCGGAACUCCUUACUGCAUGAAUUUGUGGAAGAUUGGUACAAUCAAGAAUUUAUGGGCUCCCAGUGUAGUUUUGGAGAUGACAGACAUCUAACGAACCGAGUGCUGAGUCUGGGUUAUGCCACAAAGUACACAGCUAGAUCAAAGUGCCUUACUGAAACACCUAUAGAAUAUCUAAGGUGGUUGAACCAGCAGACUCGUUGGAGUAAAUCAUACUUUAGAGAGUGGCUAUAUAAUGCAAUGUGGUUCCACAAGCAUCAUUUGUGGAUGACUUACGAAGCUGUAAUCACUGGAUUCUUUCCUUUCUUCCUUAUUGCCACAGUCAUUCAGCUUUUCUACCGGGGGAAAAUCUGGAACAUCCUCCUUUUCUUGUUGACAGUUCAGUUAGUGGGCCUUGUAAAGUCUUCCUUUGCCAGCUGCCUUAGGGGGAACAUUGUCAUGGUGUUCAUGUCACUCUACUCAGUGUUGUACAUGUCAAGUUUACUUCCAGCGAAGAUGUUCGCAAUAGCCACAAUAAACAAAGCAGGGUGGGGCACAUCAGGAAGAAAAACCAUUGUCGUCAAUUUCAUAGGACUUAUUCCAGUGUCUGUUUGGUUUACAAUCCUUCUAGGCGGUGUGAUUUUCACUAUAUGCAAGGAAUCAAAAAAGUCAUUUUCCGAUUCAGAACAGACAGUUCUCAUCAUUGGUACAGUACUCUAUGCAUGCUACUGGGUUAUGCUUUUGACUUUGUAUUUGGUUCUUAUCACCAAAUGUGGCAGGCGGAAGAAAGGGCAACAGUACGAUAUGGUGCUUGAUGUAUGAUAUUUCUGCAGAACGUUACACGGAAAAUUUUAAAGCAACCCAACAACUUGAUAGUAUUUGUGGCAUCGAAUUAAUGUCACCACGAGAAAUGAAUCACUGCUGCUGGGACUCAAACAUUCAUGUUUCUAUGGGUUCACUUUCAUCCUGCCAAAGUAAAAACACACCAUUGUUUUUUUCUGAAGGGGGAAAAAAAACCACACAGAUUCCACCUGUUCACAGGAAAAUGGGAGGACUUCUUUGUUUAUGCACUUUUUUUUAUUGUGCAUAUGCCUGACAGUGUUACGUUCUAUAUACCUCACUAGUCAUGCUUAUGUGGGUGGACAGGAAAGAAAUGAGUUUGGUGAAUCAAGCAAAGGAUCUUGCAACCUAAUUUAUGAACUUUUUAGAAUAUUUUUGUUUUAUAGGAAGGGUCUUUUUGUGUUAGGCUGACAAAUGUAAUGCCAAAGGUAAAUUUUAAGAGGACAUUGGCUGAGCUGUAUUUUUAUAUUAUUGUCUUAUUUGUGUGUGUGUGUAUUUUUACACCAACUUUUUUUAAAAAUUGUAUAUUUUAUAUUUUACUUAUCUGCCAAAAGAACACCUCCCCAACAUUUUGCUCUCUAUCUAUCCUUCUAAAUACGUUUUGAAAGAAUUAACACUUCUUCUCCCCGCAAAAAGCUUCCCACAAUGUGAAAACGUGUUGAUUUUGAUAUUGUUCACAACAAAAAUAAUAAAAUGUCUCUACAUUUUUUAAAUUGCUGAAUGGUUAUUUCUGUGAAAAGUAUUUAAAUGUUCUCUUGAACUUUUGACUUAAUUGUAUUGGAAAAGGCCAACAUUGUUGUCAGUUUUUGAAUAGAAACAUAUUUGUAUGCACAAAAAGGCCAAAGGGGUACAUACGUGCAAUUUUAUUGGAGGACAUUGUAAGAGGGAACCCUGAUUCUCUAAAGAGAACACGACAGUCUCAGCAUAUGGCCAUGGGUAUAAAAUGGCCUGUUCUUGAUACCAUUGAAGUUAAUUGCAAAACUCCCAUUGGUUUUGAAAGAAGAAGGAUUUGGGCCUACAGGUUCUGAUCUUAGGACGUGCUGAGCACUCACAACUCUUUGACUUCCAUGAAUGUUGCAGAUGCUCACUACUUCUCAGGAUCAGGCAGAGAGUGCACAUUUUCUUAGGAUAAAAAUUAAAUGCUCUGAAGACAAAAAAUGGCCAAAAAUUUCAAAACCCGGGUGUCUAAAUAAGCCUUCUAAACUGACAUCCAUAAAUCUUUUUUAAAGGCCAGAAGAAACCAUCAGAUCAUCUAGUUUGACCUCCUGUAUGACACAAUCCAUACAAUUUCACUCAGUUACCCCUGUAGAGAGCCCAAUAACUUGUGUCUGACGAAAACAUAUCUUCCAGAAAGACAUCCGGUCUUCAUUUCAAGAGCUAGAAAGUAUAAUUAAGGCACUGGGUUUGAAAGCUUUGGAAAAAUAACUUUUAGGACUAUAUUCUAACCAGGACGUUAAGCAAAGGAAUGCAGCAUUGAGCCUUAAUAUACUAUAUAAUGAUAGAACAUUGGCUGCAUACAAAUAUAGGCCCUUUUGGAUUCUGGCUUAAAAAGGACUGUGGCAAAGCAGAAACCAGCAUAUAUUUUUAACGAUCUAGAAGUAUGUUCACCUUCCUUUAUAUGCAGACGUGAAUAGUUUCUGCUGUAGAAUGAAUGGGCCACACACUACCUUAUUUGUCUGAUUAUGUUAAGGUACAUACAUGGUUGCUUGAAUGUCAUACUAAUAUGUUCAUGAUUGAAGAGUUGAUCUUUGUUGGUUACAAAAUAGAACAAGCAGUAUUAAAAACAAGCAAAAGAAACAUUUAAAAAAAAACUUGAGUUUGCCUUUUAACUAUUUAUGUUGUAAGUUAAAGCUUGAGUAACAUUCAAAUGUCAAAUAAAUCCUCUCAUUCUAUAAGAUAUUGAAUUAAU